GGAGCGCCGCCGAGGACUUGGGUAAGGGCACGGGAUUGGCAAGUUGGACGAGAGCGAGAGCCCGCAUGCGCACUUCGGACACCGCUUCCUUCUUCACGUUCGGUGUGUUUGCGCGCGCGCGCCUGAGAAUGAAAGAGGUUAUAGUUUGGAGGGACGGAGGGUCGAUCAGCUCCAGAGGUAGGUGUCCGUGCAUUGAACGGCCGCGUGGAUGCUUCGGGCUGUUCUGGCGAGGACGAUGUCGAGCAAGGGAGGGAAGAAGGGAGGCAAGACCGGAGCGGCUGGAGUGAUCCAGCCGAAGAGGACGGAGAGUCCAGUUGGGUCUGAUAAAAGUGGCAAUGUCGUUAUAAAAAUCCAGGCAAAGCCGGGAGCUAAGCAAAAUAACAUAACAGAUUUUUCGGAAGAGGCCGUAAGUAUUGCAAUUUCCGCACCACCGCAGGAAGGAGAGGCUAAUGCGGAACUCGUGAAAUAUUUGGCAAGCGUACUGAAUGUUAGAAAGUCCGACAUCAGCUUAGACAAGGUGAGCCAAGUAUUUUGUUAAUAAUUGAGUUAAAAUGUAGGCUACUUAAAUAUUAACGUCGUCCGUCCACAGGGUUCGAGAAGUCGUCAAAAAAUCAUUAUCGUGACUGGCAGUAACGUGGAAGAGGUAACGAAUAAAUUGAAGGCUGAAGCGGCGGAUAAUUAAGACCCGCG